CGGCGACACCGUAAAUUUGCAAAUUUCACACAAUUUCGCGAAAUUGCAAAUUCGUGGCAAGCACAUUUAAGAGGUUUAAAGGUUGCUAGAUAUGGCUGAUUUUCACAAGCCUGGUGUAGCGAGGCUAAAGCCAGAGUUUGUUCUGGCAGAUUACAGGCCGAAGAUUGACACAGAAUAUCUGUCCCAGGAAACCAAAGAUGAGAUGGCAGAGUUGGACAAAGAUAAGGAAGCUGGAGAUGAACCACAAGCAAAACGCAUAAAAUUAAAGGGUAGAAACAAAAAGAGACCAAUCGUUGGCAAGAAGAGAUUGCCGGCAGACAAGCUAUGCCCUGCUAUUGUCCAAGAAAGAGAUUGUCAGUUUGGUGAGAAGUGCAAAUUUAACCAUGAUCUUAAAAAAUAUCUAGAUGAAAAACCACCUGAUUUGGGAGAAGAAUGCUAUCUGUUUGAAACAUAUGGUAAAUGCCCCUGUGGUGUUACAUGCAGAUAUGCAAAACCACAUCUUGAUAAGGAUUUUAAGAAUAUCACUAAACCAGGACUGGAAACUAUGGAGAAAAAGACGGACACUGUAUCUAACGUACUGACCAAGGAUCUACAGCAUUUACUUUGGAAGAGGAAAUAUGACUUCUCAAAAACAGAUGCAGUCCUAGAGAAGUUAUGUCCCUCAGCAAAUCAUCAAAAGAAACUUGCAGAAUCCUACUUGAAAAAACAGGAAACCAAGAAGGCAGAGUCUGAAAUUGCAGCAGAAAGGUCCGAGAAUACUGAACCUGAAAACAAAAAUGCUGCCUCAAGUCAGGUGGAAAAUGGAAGUAAUGACAGUAAUAUACAAGUUAUUAACAGUAAGCUUGAUAUUCCUCCAGCUCCAAUUAAAAAGGUACCUAUACUUUUGUUUAUAUACAGUUAUAACGAGACCAGUGCGACUCCUGAUUCAACUGCCGGUCAGAAUGCGCCAGUCUUGCUAUUUUUCCUUGUAAUUCAAUUUCAGGUAGGUAAUCUCCCUUUCCGUCGUAUAUGUAAACAGUAUGGUGCAGACAUUACAUGUGGAGAAAUGGCGAUGUGUACAAACUUGCUUCAAGGUCAGCAGUCUGAAUGGGCACUUCUUAAACGUCACAAGUCAGAGGAUUUGUUUGGAGUACAGCUAUGUGGUGGUUAUCCAGACUCUAUGACUAGGUGUGCUCAGCUGAUCUGUGAAAAUAUUGAUGUAGACUUCAUUGAUAUUAACUGUGGAUGCCCUAUAGAUCUUAUCUUUAAUAAGGGUGAGGGAAGUGCAUUGAUGGGAAGACAGAGUAAGUUUGAGCAGAUAGUUACUAGUAUGAAAUCUGUGAUGAAUGUUCCACUCACAGUGAAGAUGAGAACUGGUAUCCAUGACAACAAGAAUAUUGCUCACACUUUAGUGCCACACCUCAAAGAUUGGGGUGUUGCUAUGACAACAUUACAUGGACGAUCACGUACACAGAGGUAUACAAAGACAGCUGACUGGGAAUAUAUAAACAACUGUGCUGAAAUAGCAGAUCCUAUGCCUUUAUUUGGGAAUGGUGAUAUUUUGACAUAUGAGGAUUAUAAUAUGCAUAGGAAGAACUCAGCAAUUAGUGGAGUAAUGCUUGCUAGAGGUGCUCUGAUAAAACCAUGGCUAUUUACUGAGAUCAAGGAACAGAGACAUUGGGAUAUAUCAUCUACAGAAAGAUUCGAUAUGCUUAAAGAUUAUGUUCACUUUGGUAUGGAUAAUUGGGGCUCAGAUCAACAAGGUCUUGAAAUAACUAGAAGAUUUUUGUUGGAAUGGCUUUCAUUUUUGUACAGGUAUAUACCAGUAGGUAUUUUAGAGCAUGUACCUCAAUUGAUCAAUGAAAGACCACCUUUCUAUCGUGGGCGAGAUGAAAUGGAGACAUUAAUGGCCAGUCCAAAUUGUGGUGAUUGGGUCAAAAUCAGUGAGAUGCUGCUAGGAAAAGUACCCGAUGGUUUCACCUUUCUACCGAAACACAAGGCAAAUGCAUAUAAAUAGUGGUCAUAACCAUCUGAUGUAUUGUGCAAUUAAAUGAAUGUGUAUUGCAUAGUGCUAAUAGGCAUUACAAAAAUAAGAAUGCCACUAGUAUUGAAACUGUAUCUGUUCAGUGAAGACAAAUUACAGACAAAUAAUAUUGGUCACUUUAUUUCUAGUUAUUUUGAUAAUGAAUACUCACUCCAAUUAUGAGAGGUCCAUUACACAGUCUGUAGUGUAAGAGUUUAAACAUGAAUUUUAUAGGAAUCAAUUAGAUUGUACUAUUUUCUGGUAAAUUUUGAACAAUCAUCUCAAGAAUGGUCCUUUGGUGGCCUAUUACAAAAUCAGUCUGAUGUAUUUAUAAGUUGGUCAUAGGUGUUAACAAUGGACCUAUCAAACUCCUUCUCAGAAACUGCAAUGCCCAGAACUUAGAUUUAUGGCAUGUAGAACUAUCUUUUGGUCUUGUACAAAAGUUUUAUGAAAAGCAAAUGAGUAAUCUUCAUGAUGGCCUAUUUGAUUUACUUAUUCAGUUUUAAAAUCCUUAAAAUGUUAUGCUGACAACCUUUGUCCCCAAUGUAUAAAUAUUUGUCAGCUGCCAGGCAUGUUGUCUUAUAAGGCUUUUUAACUUUAGGCUGACUUUCUUCAAAUUUUCCUCUUAACAUGGCAAAGAUUUAGUUUGACUUUUUCAUACAUAAUAGCAAUUCCUUUCAGGAUAUUCAGCAGAGUGAAUGUUUAAAUUGAAAAAUAUAGAUAUAAUAAAAAUUAUUAUUUCAAUUAUGACUACCAGCAACUGAGACACUGAAAGGUUUCUAUAUUUCUACAUCAUUUAUUAAUGUUAAUUGUGAUCUCUUGAAUAACACUUCAUCAGUUGUCUCCCCUGAUCAUGAGAACAUAAAUUUUUGUAUGCUAAUAUCAUUACAUAUGUUACAUCAUGAACAAAUUGACUUUUUGUUUGUAAGUAAAAUCAUGAACACAUAGAGUUUUGUGUGUUGAGAUAAGUUAAAUCAUGGACACAUUGACUUUUGUAAGUCGACAUUCUUACAUAUGAAGUUAAAUAAUGAAUACAUUGAUUUUUGUACAUGUAUGUUGACAAUUCUUUAUAAAUGUUUACAACUACCAGUCGGUACUUGUGAAGUUUGUGUAAAAUCUGAGAAACGUUUUAUAUCAUUAAACAUGAACACUAUCAACUUUAUGUGCUAGAAUUAUUUAAAUUUAUUUGUUAAUUGAUUUUUGUUAAUAUUUAUACUAAAUUUAAAUUGGAAUUCUUCAGUUUAAAUUCAUACAUCAUUCUUAUAAGCAAUAAGCACAAAAAAUAUUUUGUCAGUCUAAAAUAUGUAUACAUUUGAUAUUGAAAUUAAAUACUUUGAAAUACUAAACUGAAUAGUUUAGUUACAGGUUGUUAAUUAUGAUGUGAAAAAUUACAAGAAUAAUUUGUAUC